AGUCAGGAGAAAGUUAGGAUAUAUACUGGAAAUGAGGCAGCAAGGACGAGGAGACGAAAAACAGAAAAUCAAGAGUGAAAGAAGAGGCAAAGCAAGAAACAAGGUUCUAAAGGAUGCUCUGCAGGAGGCUCAGGGAAAACAGAAGAAUGACGGCAAACAGGGAAUUGAGAAACCAGAAAAGCCGCCGAAAACAAACGAAUGUGUGGCAUCAUUGCCAUAGGUACGUGUAAACUAUACAUUGAGAUCAUUUUGGAAUCUUGGUUUUGAUGUAUUGACUUGUGAAAUUGCGGUAAAUGACGCAAUCCAAAAGGCCGCAAGCAACGGAUUGGUGUACAAUAUAGUUAACAGCAAUGAUCCCAGAACCAGAACAUUGGACCCGUUGCAACCCCUCAACUCAAAGCUGCAUAUCCCCAACAGCAGUAGAAUUGACUCUUCUAUUCACUUCAGGGUCUUUGAUUUCAAUUGGAGUUGGUUUAGGUGCUUCAUCGCGUUCGGAGCAGACCAAAUCCAAGCAAUACAAAAUUCAGAACGUGCGAGGGUUUUAGAGAGGUUAUUUAUGUUUUACUGUGCGAUAUCCUCCCUUGCUGUUAUAAAUGCUUUCACAGUAACUGCUAAGAUGCUAGAUAAGUAUGGAUGGAAAGAGAGUUCCAACAUUUUCAAUAUUCAUUUUUGAUAAGUAUGGAUGGAAUGAUAAUGUUCUAGAGGGUGCUCAGGGGAAGCAGGUUGCUUUAAUUUUAUGCUUUUGUUUCAACAUAUUUCUUCGGUGAAAAGUGAGGAGAUUAAAUUAAGAGAUUAUUU